AUGAAGUUCAAACUUAAUAGGUUUGAUCAGGGGGAUGGAAUCGAUUAUAGUCCGGCUUUUGCUACAGACGAGACUUUUGCGACGAAGAAGGAAGCUGCCGCAUAUGCGAAGGGUAUUGCGAACUUCUACAAUAUGGAGUUAAGUGUAUUCUCGCACAAGGAUAAUACUACUAUACUCCUUUGUCAUAAAGGAGGGCGGUACCAAGGUCAACAGGUGGGUGAAAACGUGCGUGCGCGAGCCAAUACAAAGACACAGAUGACCGGAUGCCAGUUUCGUGUUACUAUUUACAAGACAUAUGAUAGGUGGGCGAUCCGUGUAUAUCCAGGUCCGUUGGGAAUGCACAACUAUUCAUUGAAAGAUCCACCUCGAGUCAGGAGGCCAUUGAGUGAAGAAGUAAAAGAGCUUAUUAAGGAGUACUCCAAAGCUGGGACUAAGGCAGUCCACAUUUUACGGGCGAUAUGGACACAAUUUCCUGAUGAAAAGGUAACCUCCAAACAAGUCUACAACUACAGAAAUUUUUUGCGUAAGGCGGGGUUUCCAAUUCUAGAUGACCUGUCUGCCGUGGACAUAGUGGGAAAGGUGUUAGAGGUCGCAGAACAACACAACUACAUCAUCUUCACAGAGUGCGAUGAAGAGACACAGAGGUUAUCCCACGUGUUUUUCGCACAUCCGGAUUCUUUGUUGCUGUUGCGGACGUAUCCUUGGGUUGUUUGUGUAGAUUCCACAUACAACACAAAUAAAUAUAAACUGCCUCUUGUGGAGUUUGUUGGAAUGACCCCUUGCAAUCAGACAUUCCUUAUAGCAUAUGCUAUUCUGAGUGAUGAGACGGGAGACAGCUACCAUUGGGCGCUGUGGCAGCUCCGUAACUUGUAUGGCGAAGAUCUGCAUCCGAGUGUCAUCGUGACUGAUCGGGAGCCUGGACUGAUGAGGCCUCUUGAUGAUGUAUUUCCAUCCUCACAUCACUUGUUGUGUACGUGGCAUGUUUACAGGGAUGUUGAAAGAAAUGUGAAAAGAAUUUUGAAUGGAAAUGCCCAUGUAGCAAAAAGCUUCGCAUAUAAUGCCUUCAAAGUAGUGAUCAAAGCUGCAAAUCGGGAAGUAUACGAAGAAAAAGUACAGUUUCUGGAGCAUAAUUGGUCUCAAUUUCAGCCCGUUCUAGAGUAUGUUAAGAAGACAUGGUUAGUGGUGGCGCACAAGUUUGUGCAUGCAUGGACCAACACUUAUUUGCAUUUUGGCAACACCACUACUUGUAGAGUGGAGAGCGCACACAAGUUGUUAAAGGAAUGGCUCUGCAUUCCAAAUGCUUCUUUUGAAACGGUGUGGCACAGGGUUCACAUGUUACUGGAGACACAGCUUACGCAAAUAAGGCAGUUAGUGGAAGAAUUGGACGCUGCUAAGGAGCCAAUACAGCGCGAGAUUACCAGAUUGAUGUACAACAAACUUCACCCAGGCCAAGCCGGAUUAAAUGAACCGCGGGUUGGAAAAAGAGGCAAGGGCAGGCCGAAGAAGAGGGGCAUCUCUAAAAAAAGCAAAACAAACCAAAUGUGUGGGCAUACAGGGACGGCAAUCAGGGGGGCACCAAUACCAGCGGUUCCAGUAAAGCAGGUACAUGGACUGGGCAAGGUGAGACGAACACCAGCAGUUCCAGUAGAGGCCACAGGUCGGGUUCCGAACCCCAUGUCAGAGGUGGGAAAAAUUACCUGCAAGUCUAGAGCGUAUACGGUGGACUGGUACCUCCGCAGGUCACUGGAUGUCAACAGAGGACUUUUAUCCCCUUGCUACAUAUUUCAAUGCUGUUGUGUACUACUUCAGAACCAACGGUGCUGA